UCCCACCAUUCACCUUCUUGUCUGUUCUCUUCCUCCCAUUCUCCAGACCGCAGACCAUUACCACCCACCGUCCUCCCACCUCCGACUCUGCUUGAGUCUCUUCGCUUCCACGUCGGUACAUCCGGACGAAUUCCUCGGUGAACGUCUACCGAUUGUCAGGCUAAACAUAGCCCAGCAUUUUUUGGAUUCCGCUUCAGAUCGGAAAUUGUGAUUCCGCCUUGAUCUCCAGGCUAUGGAUACUCUAAUCUGGAGCCAGCGGUGGCAGCGGAUGCGAACACGAUUCGGCGUAUGGCAGCCCGCGCUCCUCCUCAUCAGCGGCAUCGGAAUGCUCACUGUCAUGAGCAUGUUGGUAUCGCUGUGGACGUGGAACGACGACAAUCCCGACAGCCUCCGAUCGCGGCUGUUGUACAGGGACUGGGCCAAGUCGGUGGUGGCCGUUUGCAGCGCUCUGCUGCGAACAUGCAUGGCCGUGCAGCUGGGAAUCUGCUGCGUGAUGAUGGCGACGGUGGCCUUCGAGAAGGACUGCGUACUCCUGUGCGAUGCCGCGUCGAUGUCGAUCAACCGGUACACGGCGGCGUCGCCGUGGAUUUUGGUUCCCCCCAUUCUGCGCGGCGCGCGCGUCAGCAAGAACUUCGGGAUUCUCUUUCUGAUCGCCGGGUUGUCGUUGAUUGUUGUACUCUCGCAGCUAAUGUCGGCGAUCCUCCUGUUGGAUCUGGACCAGAAAUACGUGCUCGGCCCCGAGGUCGAGGAUACAUACUACCGCCAGGUCAAUGUCUACGACUUGGCCAGCUCCAACCCGUUGGCACAGCGGCCGCAGUCGUUCCCGCGGUUCUCAGAGUGGACGAAACCUCCCAUCUCCAUCUCCGAGGGCCCCCUGGGAAGGGGACUGAACGACACGGGCGCGACGGUGAGAGCGUUUACCGAAGUGCAGAACGCGACUGACAGGUCCUCCCUCCUGUCGUACAAGGGCCGCGGCGGGAUUGCAGAGGCACAUGUCCUCUGCGUUUCGCCGGACGUGCACAACAUUACCUACCACGCGCCGGAUCGUAUAACCGGCCGACUGACUUCGGACUUCCUGUACCGCUCCACCGGCGAGCUGCAACGGCAAGGCUCGUACCGGUGGAACGGAGCACAGCCCCCCUCCGAUUUGAGCUUCGGUUUCAACUGCACGCUCGGCGACGAGAUCAUCAUCUGCCCGCUUCGGCCACCGGCGGUACUCGAUUGUCCAGGCUUCCCGACCCAAUGUCUUCUCGCCCCCACCAACAUAUGGUUCCUGGUCAUUAUGGAAUCCGACAGCCUCACGUGGCGCGUAGUGGGCAACACCCGUCUUCCGAUCGACGAGACGCUCCCGCGGCACCUCUACAACACGUCCAACUUCCGCUUCGACGGGAGCGAGUGGACGUCAUCCACAAUCGCGGACUGGACCCUGGCAGACCCAGCGUACGCGGAAGCGCAAGCCUUCAACACCCAAAUGUCUUUAUGCACCAUCUCCGCCGGAAACACAAUUGCGAACAUCUCCUCGAGGGCCGAUCGGCGCGCGGAUGAGCCAGAGAUCGCACCGUACGCCGCCCUUAGCGAGUUCUCGGCCACAGCGGGAAUCGAGAAGCAGCUCUCGUCGGACCGCAACCUGACCGACCGGGGCGUCAUGCAGCUGGUCAGCUACGCGAUGGGCGCAUACACGAACUUCACGGAGGUGAUCCAGAGCAUCCGGGGCGGGUACCGGGGGCGUCUGCUACAGGAGCCACUCGACACCUUGUACGAUGCCUCCGUGCAGCUCGAGAGCGUGAACGAGGUGUACAGCAGCAUCCUAACCGGGAUCUUCGGCUACUCCAACACGACGGUGGCAUUCGUCCUCCAAUCCCUCUCCACGCUCCUAACCUCGAGCGCUUUCUACGACGAGCUCUCGAUCCCCGCCACGCUGUGGCACUCCAUCGCCGCACUGCCAGAAGCAGACCGCUUCGGCAUCACGAUCGACGCGCGCAACCUGACGCGUCUUACGCAGAGCACGAAGCGCCGACAGGUGCCGACCGCGUUCACAGGGCUGUACAUUGCCGCCGGCAUCGUCGGCUUGCACCUUGCAUGUAUCGGCGUGGUCUUCUGGAUGUACUUCUCGUGCAAGGCCGACGGAUAUCUCGCGCAGGCGUGGCAUACCGUCGGACAGCUGCAUAGCGGCGAGGCGCAGGGGUUCCUAAGCCAGGCCCACGGCCUAGGCGAUCGGGAGGUUGCCGCUCUCCCCGCCGCCAGCGCGAAGUGGCGGCAGGUAGUGCAGUUGUCGAAGGAGAAGGGGAUCGUGCUGAAGAGUGAGAGUGGCGUGCAGAAAGUCACCGAUGCUCUGCUGGGGGCGGAGCGGACGACGAAAUGGGAUGGCAAUGGGAGGAAGACUACAACCGAGGUGCGCGCGUCGGAGUAGGAGCGGCGAAAGCGGAUGAAUGGUAUGCUCGAGAAGCUGGGAAGGGUAGUGUUGAGCAGGCAGGGAUUUGGCGGGGGAGGAUCACCGGGGAUGGAGGGCCAUGGCAGGGGGCGGUGCCGGGAGGAUUAUCACAA